AUGGCUCAAUCGAACUCGAGCGUUGAGGACGAGAAGACUCCCUCGCGUUCCCAACAAAACAAACGAAGGAGCUUCUUUCAUCGCAAUGAAGACCAGCCCAAUGGCAAAGAUGUAGAGAAGGAGGAGAAAGAUGAAGCAACUCAAAGUCAACAGCCAGAUAUCCCGGCCACAUUGCCAAUAUCGUUUACCCAGCUUUUUAGAUAUUCUACGUCAUUCGAGAUUUUUAUUGAUUGCAUUGGAAUUGUGGCCGCCGUAGCAGCAGGGGCAGCACAACCAUUGAUGACAUUACUAUUCGGACGCUUAACUCAGGAUUUCGUCGCAUUUACCACCCUGAUAAACGAAGCCCAAAAUGGAGUCCCAGGCGCCGCCGACAGCGUACCCAUAGCUGCUGAGAACUUUCGUAAAUCAGCGGCAAAAAACGCGAGUUAUCUGGUUUAUAUUGGAAUCGGAAUGUUUGUCUGCACCUAUACGUUCAUGAACAUUUGGGUUUAUACCGGAGAAGUUAACGCGAAAAGAAUACGAGAACGCUAUUUGAAAGCAAUACUACGGCAAGAUAUUGCCUUCUUUGACAAUGUAGGGCCGGGAGAGGUUGCAACCCGUAUUCAGACGGACACUCACCUGGUCCAGCAAGGCAUAUCGGAAAAGGUGGCAUUAGUAGCCAAUUUUAGCGGUGCUUUCUUUACUGGUUUCAUUCUGGCCUACGCAAGAUCCUGGCGCCUAGCGUUGGCUUUGACAUCCAUGCUUCCAGUCAUUGCUCUCGCGGGGGCAUUCAUGAACAAAUUUGUUGUUAAAUAUAAACAACUAUCUUUGAAACAUGUCGCUGAGGGCGGAAGUCUUGCGGAAGAAGUCAUCUCAACUGUCCGAACUGCUCAGGCCUUCGGAUCACAAAGUAUACUCACAGGUCUUUAUAAUGGUCGUAUCGGUGAAUCGCUGAAGGCGGAGUUGAAGGCUAGCAUUGCCCACGGUAUUGGGUUAGGCGUAUUCUUUUUUGUUAUAUACGCAGGCUACGGUCUUGCUAAUGCUGGCCAAGUUAUAAAUGUAUUUCUGGCAAUCCUGAUUGGUUCUUUCUCCCUUGCUUUGCUUGCACCUGAGAUGCAAGCUAUCAAUAAUGGUCGUAGCGCUGCAGCCAAGCUUUAUGAAACCAUUGACCGCGUCCCCGAUAUCGAUUCCGCCGAUCCUGGGGGUUUAAAACCAGAGAAGGUAGACGGUGAAAUUGUCCUUGAAGAUAUACGGUUCUGCUAUCCGUCGAGGCCCACUGUCGAAGUUGUCAAAGGUCUCUCCAUCACGUUCCAGGCCGGCAAAACCUCAGCAUUAGUAGGAGCCUCUGGUUCUGGAAAAUCAACAAUUAUAUCACUGGUAGAACGCUUCUACGAUCCUUCUCAUGGCUCAGUUAAACUUGAUGGAAAUGACGUCAAAGCCCUCAACAUUAAAUGGCUUCGGUCACAGAUAGGGCUUGUCUCUCAAGAACCUGUCCUCUUUGGGACUACAGUCAAGCAGAACGUGGCUCAUGGUCUCAUUGGCACGAAGUACGAAAAUGCUCCUGAUGAGGAAAAGGAUGUAUUAAUCAAAGAGGCGUGUAUCAAAGCCAAUGCUGAUGGAUUCAUAUCGCAGCUCCCUCUGGGGUAUGAUACUCUCGUUGGUGAGCGUGGCCUUCUCUUGUCCGGUGGCCAAAAACAACGUGUUGCGAUCGCCCGUGCAAUUGUAUCUGACCCCCGAGUGCUAUUAUUGGACGAAGCCACGAGUGCUCUGGACACGCAAUCAGAGGGAGUUGUGCAGGAUGCUUUGGAUAAGGCAGCUGCGGGUCGUACCACCAUCACUAUUGCGCAUCGUUUGUCGACCGUGAAAGAUGCUGAUGUCAUCUAUGUAAUGGGUGAAGGCCGUGUAUUAGAGGCGGGAACUCACGAGGAGCUCUAUCGUCAAGGCGGCGCUUAUACCCGACUUGUUGAGGCCCAAAAACUCCGUGAAGCCGCCAACCCCGUUGACAAAGAAGAAGGCGAUGAUGUCCAAAAGACUGCUGAGAAGACUGUUUCUUUGGAGCGAAAAUACACCAACCAUUCAUUAGCCAGCGACAUUCUAGAACAGAGGAAACGCAACGCAAGUCACGAAGAAGAGGACGAUUACAGCUUAUUCUAUCUAUUCAAGCGCAUGGCUCCAAUUGCCCGAUCUCAAUGGCGCAACUAUACUGUCGGGGCAGUCUUUGCAUGCAUGACUGGAAUGGUCUACCCAUCUUUCGGGGUCGUUUUUGCGAAGGGCAUCAACACCUUUUCGCUAACUGACAAACACGAGCGGCGUCAUCAAGGGGAUCGAACCGCACUUUGGCUUUUCCUCAUUUCCAUCAUUUCUUCAAUUACAAUCAGCUUCCAAAAUCGUUUGUUUUCAGCAGCUGCCGCCAAUCUGAGUGCAAGGCUCCGCAGCCUAAGCUUCAAGGCAAUGCUACGUCAAGACAUCGCAUUCUUUGACAAGGACGAAAAUAGUACUGGCAGCCUCACGUCACAGCUGAGUGACAAUCCCCAAAAGGUCGACGGUCUGGCUGGUAUAACGCUUGGUGCACUCGUUCAAGCAUGCGCUACCCUUAUAGCGGGGUCAGUGUUAGGCCUUGCUUUCAUCUGGAGGAUUGGUCUUGUGGGAAUAGCAUGUACCCCUGCACUGGUUACCGUUGGAUAUAUUCGUUUGCGCGUCGUUGUUCUCAAGGAUCAGAAAAAUAAGAAGGCCCAUGAUGCGUCUGCUCAGCUUGCCUGCGAAGCCGCUGGGGCAAUUAGGACAGUUGCUUCCUUGACUAGGGAAGAUGACUGCCUACGGAUAUACAGCCAAAGCUUGGAAGAGCCUCUGCGAAAGUCGAACAGAAGUGCAAUUUGGAGUAAUUUGCUCUAUGCCUUUACCCAGGCUCUGAGUUUCUUCGUCAUCGCGUUGAUCUUCUGGUACGGAUCUUUGCUUGUUUCUCGCCAACAAGCCAGUCUCUUCCACUUCUUCGUAGGCCUCAUGAGCACGGUUUUCAGUGCCAUCCAAGCUGGGAACGUGUUUUCAUUCGUUCCUGAUAUGUCAUCAGCCAGGGGUGCAGGAUCUGAUAUUAUCAAAUUGCUCGACAUGGUUCCAGAUAUCGAUGCCGACUCAAGUUCCGGAGCAGUUGUUGACGAUAAAGCAAUUCAAGGCCAUAUUCGAUUUGAAGAUGUACAUUUUAGAUACCCAACUCGUCCGGGUGUCCGUGUGCUACGAGGUUUAUCGUUGGAGGUCCAACCUGGAACUUAUAUUGCUUUAGUUGGUGCUAGUGGGUCAGGGAAAAGUACCACUAUUCAACUCAUAGAACGAUUUUAUGAUCCUCUCGCUGGUGAAAUAUACCUUGACGGGCAGAAGAUCUCCGAUCUAAACAUUCAGGAUUACCGAAAGCAUAUGGCAUUGGUUUCUCAGGAACCCACACUCUACUCUGGUACCGUGAGGUUCAAUAUUCUGCUAGGUGCAAUCAAGCCCCAUGACGAGGUCACUCAAGAAGAGAUCGAGAACGCGUGUCGAAAUGCGAAUAUCCUGGAGUUCAUCCAAAGUCUUCCUCAGGGCUUCGAUACUGAAGUUGGUGGAAAGGGAUCGCAGCUGUCAGGAGGUCAAAAGCAACGUAUUGCCAUCGCAAGGGCACUCCUCCGAAACCCCAAAGUUCUUCUGCUCGAUGAAGCUACAUCCGCUCUCGACUCAGCAUCGGAGAAGGUCGUUCAAGCAGCGUUAGACCAGGCAGCCAAGGGACGUACUACUAUCGCCAUUGCCCACCGUUUAUCCACCAUUCAAAAUGCCGAUCGAAUCUACUUCAUUAAGGAUGGGCGUGUUAGCGAACAGGGUACUCAUGAUGAGUUAUUGGCGCAACGAGGCGAUUACUAUGAGUUUGUACUGCUCCAGGGCUUGAGUAAACGUUAA